AGCUCAUUCUGUGCUCUCGCCCCUGUUUCCUUGCUCUGCCAAUUUGCCUCGUGAGUCGCCAUGCGCUGUGCUCUUGGCUUUUGGUGGGUGUCGGUGAUGGUGGCCUCGGAGCAAUCAUGCCCCCAGGGGGAGUGUGAUGCGAGCCCCCUUCUACAGCUUUCUCACCAGGUCGGGAUCCUUGCAAAUGCAACCAAGUCUCCAUUGCAAGUUGGAGAAGCCUGCGAUUCGGACGGCGACUGUGAGAGUGGAGUUUGCGCGCUGACGUGGUUCGGCUAUGUGGCACGCCUCUACCAGACAACCACCGUCGAACCAGGCUUGUCCAAUAAGGCCUGCCAGCUGAAACUCUCAGGCUUCAAUAUUGUCCUCAGACAGAAGAAGCGGAUCGCAGUAAGUGCCAAAGCCACCCAGAAGUACUUGCCAGUUUUGCGACAGGCCGUCAACGCAUGGAAAUCCGUCAUUCGGGGCCUGGCCAUGUUGGUCCGAGGGGCCCCCAAGAAAUUGGUCAUCGAGUAUGCCUUCGUGGGCCCGAAAGUCUUCGGGAAGAAGUAUUGCGGCUGCAACAACAAUUGCUGCAAGUCUUUGACGGGUUCUUCUGGACCAACGCUCCUCUACCAGGCGGAUCCCAACUCCGGCCUACGAGGCUUGGUCACCAAGGCCGAAAUUGUCUUCACCACAACGAGAUUGGGUAAGUACUAUGGCACAAGCUAUCUGGAAUCGCUCUUAUUGCGGGAGGUGGGCGUGUGUCUCGGCAUUGGCUCGAUCUGGGACUAUCUCGGCAUGGUCUACAAGGAACCCUCCGGCUCGAUCAACACCCUCACCAACCUCUACGGGAACAGCGGCGAGAUGAUCGGCGGGUGGGAGUGGACGGGGCAAAUCACAGGGCACGGGGUGCUCGAAGUGGAGAAGGACACCCGGAAUAUGCCUCUUCUGCAACCAUUUCCUGCGUGCAUUGGCUGCGGGUACGCGGAAGACGUGAUGAAGAUCCGCUUGGAGACGCAGAAGACCAUUGGAGCUCCGAGCGUCGGCCUCUUGCAUUCUUUGGGCUACACCAUCGACUACGAGAAUGCCAAUCUCCCGUUUGGAAAUGAGAUACCUUGCGCUGGAUGCAGUGCUCAGCCAAAGCUCUUGAAGCCGAACAUGAAAGUGAAGAACCAGAAGGGCAAGACGAUCACAACAGUGAGAGGAUUUCCCUACAGCAGCUCGCUCUUGGCUGAAUCGGUGGAAGGUUCACCGGAUGACAGAUCGAAGUCAGAGGACGAGGACCAAGCGGACGAGGACGAAGCCGAUGAGGACGAGGACUCAACAGAAGUGCUCCUGACAGAGGAUGCUGACGAGGCUUCGAUCAAAGAAGACUCAGCAGAGGAUGCUGACGAGGCUUCGAUCGAAGAAGACUCAGCCGAUGAGGACGAGGAUUCAACAGAAGUGCUCCUGACAGAGGACGCUGACGAGGCUUCGAUCGAACAAGACUCACGCGAAAGAGUGGAAGACGCAGUGCAAAGUGACCCUGCGGGAAAUUCGUGCAGCCAAGAUUCUGAUUGCCUCAGUGGUGUUUGUGUGACCAGUAUGGUAGGCUACUUGAAGUCUGCUGGCUACCGUUUGGGGCAACAAGACAUCACCGGCUUUUCAUCGAAGAUGUGCAAACCAAAGCUUCACGACUUCGACGUUGAGCUUAUCCCUCUGUCCAGCAACUACCCGGAGUAUGCGUUUAUUUUUGAAGAGGCCCGUACCAAGUGGCUGAGCGUGAUCAAGGGCCUCUCACGGGCGAUCCGCUUCGUAGAUGGUCCGAUCACCCUGCAGAUCUAUUUUGACUAUUUCUUUGAGAACUCCAGGACUCUAGGCUCGGCGGGACCGAGCAACGUCUAUAAAGUGGAUGGAGUGGAUGGUGGCUCCUAUUGGAUUCCAGCGAUAGGAACCAUGAAUUUCAACGCUCGCUUCCUGGUGGACAACUUGAUCUCGCUGGAGCUGUUCAAGGUGGUCGUCCUACAUGAGAUGGCGCAUGUCCUUCUGAUCGGCUUCUGGGACCUGCUGUCCACCGCCGCUCAGUGUGAUUUGACCGAUUUCUUCACGGAUGCUUACUUGGACGGUGGAGGCAAAGCUGCGAUGGCCCACUACAUCCUUUCCGAGCAAUGGAAGAAGGCGCGCAAGACACCCUUGCAACUCUACCGGACGCCCGGUUUGGCAGAACCUGGCAGCGAUUGCGGCCAUUGGGAUGAAGAUACUGUCGACAAUGAGCUCAUGUCGCCGGUUAUCAAUGUUGACUCCAACCCCUUGAGCAUCCUCACAGCAGGAGGCUUGGAAGAUAUGGGCUACACCAUCGACUACAAGGAGUGUGAGGUCUGGCCCGACAGCAAUACAGACUCCUCGGUCUACACCUUCUUCCCCGGGAACAAUAAUGCGGUUUUGGAUGGAGGGCGCCCUUGACCGGUUUCAACGCGCGCGGGCUCUUCUGUUUCUAUUCUUUCCCCCCAACAGGGAUUUGUAGUGUGCAAUCACUGUCUCAAGAUUUAUAGUUUGUCAUUUUCUUUGUUUUAUCCACCAAAUUCCACUGGGCAUGUUUUUUCUUUUUUAAAUCAGAUUUUGCCCGUGAAUCCACAGAUGAGACUCCGCCCUUGCCUCGCGAAAUCUCAAGCGCGGAGGUUUUGUUUCAGCGCGGAGGUUAAUGGGUCUUGGAUUGUUUAUGGUGGGUACACGGGAAAUCGUCGCAUGUCACUAAGGCUUCACUGUUAGAAAGCCUUGCACGGCGUGGAAAAAAACAUAGCGGAUGGACUAAAUCGUGUGGUUUCAGAGUAGAGAUGGCGCAAGUGACCCCCAG